CGCUUAGACCAGGGCCGCGCAGGCGCAGUCGGGCGCUGUUUCCGCGGCGGUGCCUUUCUACCUGGCGGCUCUGGAGUCCUUGGGUUUGGGACGUGCGGUGGGGCCUUACCGGUGCCGGGGUCUGGGGUCUUGGACCCUGGUCAAGUACCAGCAAGCACGGAGGUGCAGGGUGUCGCUGAGGGCGCGGGGCCCUCCACCCCGGUGACGGCCCCGGCCUCGCAAUUCACCCUGGUGGUGAUACACCCCUGCUGUGGGCCGGACGAGGCCGCGGCAGAAGACGUCCCGAAGCUGGCCCCAGCUCCUGCCCCGGCCCCGGCAGCAAAGCCCGGCGCAUACCCGUGCGAGGUGGCGGGGGAUGCGGAGGACGAGGCCGGGGAAGACGAGGCCGACCUGCUGGACACCUCGGACCCCCCGGGGGGCGGCGAGAGCACGGCCAGCUUGGAGGAUCUGGAAGAUGAGGAAGCCCCCGAGGGGGGCGAGGGCGGCAGCGGGGGACCCCGGAGGCGGGGUAGCAGUGGGGGCAACAUGAGCAAGACCUGCACCUACGAGGGCUGCAGCGAGACCACGAGUCAGGUGGCCAAACAACGCAAGCCGUGGAUGUGCAAGAAACACCGCAACAAGAUGUACAAGGACAAGUACAAGAAGAAGAAGAGCGACCAGGCCCUGAACUGCGGUGGGACCGCCUCGACUGGCAGCGCGGGAAACGUCAAACUGGAGGAAAGUGCAGAUAACAUACUCUCCAUUGUCAAACAAAGAACAGGAUCUAUGGGGGAUCGUCCUGCAAGACCUACUCUGUUAGAACAAGUGUUAAAUCAGAAAAGACUGUCAUUAUUAAGAAGUCCUGAAGUAGUGCAGUUUUUACAGAAACAGCAGCAGCUGCUAAAUCAGCAGGUUUUAGAACAAAGACAGCAGCAGUUUCCAGGAGCAUCCAUGUGAUGGAACUUAUCAAGAAUCUGGACAUUUUUUUAUUGUAAUAUAUGAACAUAUUUUUAUACCAAAUAUAAAUGAUGUGACAUAUGUCAAUAAAAUGUAAAUAUUUCCUUGUAAAUCUUUGUGCAUUUGGGUAUAAAUACAUAUUGUACUUCAAAUUACCAUGAGUUUGAAGAACUCACCUUAUCUUCCCAAAUAACAUUGAAUAGUUUUUAAAAUGUAUUCUUCAGUCAUUGUUACUGAAGGUUAGUGAGGCAGUUACUUUCUGUGGAAGUUCUGAAGUUAAUAGACAAUAAUUUUGAGCCAUCAAGCUCCAAAAGGCAAUUGGAAAUGUUUAUUUUUUGAUUGUCAUAGUAAACUUGAAAACUACUAUUUUUAAUGAUGGAGCCAGGAAUGCCAAAUGUUCUGUGGUGACUGGGAUAAUCUGCCACAAUAAAAAAUUAUUUCCCCAACAAUGCCAACAUUGCUUCUUUUAAGAAACCUUGAGAGCAGGCUGGGGAUUUAGCUGAGUGGCACAAAUGCCUUCCUACCAAGCACGAGGGCAUGAGUUCGAUCCCUACUACCAAAAACAAAAACAAAAACAAAAAAAAAACCCUGUUAGCUAUUACUAUGAUUACAAGUAAUUGGAGCACCUGGAAUCAGAGUCUUACAAUCAUUCUUUGUAGUUAACACUGAAGCUGUCAAAAAGGUAAACAUUUUAUACCUAUAAGGAAAGUGAUCGUUGGUCAUUGUUUAUUUGUGAAAUCAUAGAUGUGUAGGUAAAAAUCUGAAAGAGAAAUAUACCAGCAUGAAUGGGCAUCUGGAAAUAGUUGUGUCCUCUAUUUCAUGUGACCCAUUAGUGUUGUUCUUUAGAGAAGACCCUCUGAUGUGUUGAAUAUCUGAAUUAUCCAGAUGCAGCUUAACCCACCAAUAUUACGACAAACUUAUCUUCUUCAUUUUUUCAUUAAAAGAAAAUCCUGAAAAUAAGAAUAGCACUCUACCAUUUUUUCAGUGCUUUUCAAAUUGAGGUGUUUUACAAACACGUUAUUCCUGAGCACUAUUAAAUAACAAUGGGUAACCUGGACAUUUUUUUUCUUGUAUUUUCUCCCAGGAAAACUUUAAAAACACAAACUCACCAAUAAUAAAGCAAGAGUCAAGAGAGUAUAUGCAAUAUUAGAAUAAUAAAUACAACAUGUCUCAAAAUGAGCUGGACAAAAAUUUCUUAGUCUUUAAACUCUGAAAUAUUUUAAAAAUUGAAAUAUUUAUUGUGUUGAAGUUAGUCAUAGCUGUUUUAAUAUUUAUGGGGAGAAUGUUUUUAUUCAUUUUUAUGUAUGUUUUCUACUUGCAAAUAUAUUGCAAAAACAUUUUUGCCAAAAUUAUUCAUUAAAAUCCACUUGUUGACCUCUGA